CUUGAUACCUAGCUGUGUGCCGACUAUAUAAGAAUUGCGAUGACAUCCAUCGUUUAUUGAGAUAAAUCAUUGUUUCGUUGGACCUGCAACGGAAAUCAAAGAUGGCUGCUGAAGUUAAGACUCCGGUGUCCAUGAUAGACCCAUCACAACUACUUCGUCCGGAGCCGACUUUUAAUGACAAGCCGCUUGAAGCCUUCCGUGACUACAGCAUCGAUGACAGCGAUCCUAUCAAGGAGCGCGUGCGCAGGACUUACUAUACCAUGCACACUAAUGUCACCGUAGACCUUGUUAAACAAAAACGUGAAAAAUGGCUCAAAUUCAAUCACUUCAAAUCAACGAUAAAGGAUGCUCUAAUCAAGUUGAACGAGCUGGUGGACGAGUCGGAUCCUGACACCGAUCUGCCCAAUAUCGUGCACGCCUUUCAGACCGCUGAGAGGAUCAGACAGGACCACCCUGACGACGACUGGUUUCAUCUCACCGGUCUUAUACACGAUUUGGGCAAGGUGAUGGCCUUUUACGGCGAGCCUCAAUGGUGUGUGGUGGGCGACACUUUCCCCGUGGGAUGCAAGUGGGCUGACUCCAUCGUCUACGGCCCAGAGAGUUUCAAAGACAACCCUGAUACAUACAACCCUAAAUAUAAUACAAAGUACGGCAUGUACGAGCCGCAUUGUGGGCUGGACAAGCUCCUGAUAUCCUGGAGCCACGACGAGUACCUGUACCAGUUCCUUUUGCACAACAAGUCGAAGCUACCGGAAAAGGCGCUUUACAUGAUCAGGUACCACUCUCUGUACCCGUGGCACGCCGGCGGCGACUACCGCCACCUUACCAACGAAAAGGAUGAGCAGAUCUUGAAGUGGGUGCUAGAAUUCAAUAAAUAUGACCUGUACACUAAAAGUGAGAAAAUGCCCGACAUCGAAGCUCUGUGGCCCUACUACGAAAGUCUCGUCGAGAAAUAUAUUCCAGGCGUUUGCGAGUGGUGAUAUCGACCGAUAAUAAUGCUGUCAAUUGUAGAAACUGUGUAUUAUAAAUGAGUAUUAUAUUCUAUUUAGGAUUUUUAACUUUAACGUAUUAUUAUUAUGUCUAACUAUAAAAUGGUUAAAGGUUGUUUUUAUAGUACAAAUAAAUAUAAUUCGCUUUAAAUAA